GUCUGCAUUUGAGAUGCAUUACUGAAUGCUUAGAAUCCUUCGAGCAACCACAAAGAAACGAUCACUCAAGAUGAACAUCAAACAGUUGAUGUGUUUGUUAGUGGCGGCCGUAGCGCUUCUAGCGAUUGCUCCGGUAGCAAACGCCCAAUACUAUGACUACGGAUAUGGCGGUAACAACUAUGGCUACCCCGGAAACUAUGGCUACGGGGGAAACUAUGGCGGGUAUCCAGGAAAUUAUGGCGACUAUGACAACUAUGGUGGCGGAUGGUUAUACAAAAUCCUCGGAGGGGGUGGCAAAGGCAAAGGCAAAUGGGGCGGUUACGGCGGCUAUGGCAAAUAAUACAUGUCGUAAAGCAUUGCUUAAAG